AUGGUUUCACAUUCUGAAAGAUUCCAACCCAAGCCUUGCACAGCUAGACUUGCACUCUACCACCCAUUCACAUUUCUACUAGCCAUUCACACCUCUACCACCCAUUCACACCUCUACCAGCCAUUCACACCUCUACCACCCAUUCACACCUCUACCAGCCAUUCACACCUCUACCAGCCAUUCACACCUCUACCAGCCAUUCACACCUCUACCAGCCAUUCACACCUCUACCAGCCAUUCACACCUCUACCACCCAUUCACACCUCUACCACCCAUUCACACCUCUACCACCCAUUCACACCUCUACCACCCAUUCACACCUCUACCAGCCAUUCACACCUCUACCAGCCAUUCACACCUCUACCAGCCAUUCACACCUCUACCAGCCAUUCACACCUCUACCAGCCAUUCACACCUCUACCAGCCAUUCACACCUCUACCAGCCUUUCACACCUCUACCACCCAUUCACACCUCUACCACCCAUUCACAUCUCUACCAGCCAUUCACACCUCUACCACCCAUUCACACCUCUACCACCCAUUCACACCUCUACCAGCCAUUCACACCUCUACCAGCCAUUCACACCUCUACCAGCCAUUCACACCUCUACCAGCCAUUCACACCUCUACCACCCAUUCACACCUCUACCACCCAUUCACACCUCUACCACCCAUUCACACCUCUACCAGCCAUUCACACCUCUACCACCCAUUCACACCUCUAACACCCCUUCACACAUCUACCACCCAUACACACCUCUAACACCCCUUCACACCUAG